AUGAGAUGGGAAAGGGUGCAGCAGCAGUUACAACAAGGGGUUGCAAUAGAAGAGUUAAAUGGACCAAGGAAGAGGUGGGGACACACUUGUAAUUCGAUUAAAGGAGGAAGAUUUCUCUAUGUUUUUGGUGGCUAUGGAAAGGAUAACUGCCAGACCAACCAAGUUCAUGUCUUUGACACUGUAUGGAAACAAGCAAUAACAACAGGCACUCCACCUUCUGCCCGCGAUAGCCAUACUUGCUCAUCUUGGAGGGAUAAAAUCAUUGUGAUUGGUGGUGAAGAUGGGCAUGAUUAUUAUUUGUCAGAUGUCCACAUCCUAGAUACAGAAACUCUUGUUUGGGAGGAGCUGAACACAUCGGGCCAAAAGUUGCCACCUCGAGCUGGCCAUUCUACUGUUUCUUUUGGCAAGAAUUUAUUUGUUUUUGGUGGAUUUACAGAUGCUCAAAAUCUAUAUGAUGACCUGCAUAUGCUUAAUGUUGAAACUGGCAUUUGGACCAUGGUGAUGACAACUGGAGAUGGACCUUCUGCAAGAUUCUCCGUGGCUGGGGACUGCUUGGAUCCACUGAAGGGUGGUGUGCUUAUGUUCAUUGGUGGCUGCAAUAAGAGUCUUGAGGCAUUGGAAGAUAUGUAUUAUUUACACACAGGUCUCACAAGAGUGCAAGAUGAAUGGCGUAUGGAAAAGUUAUCUCUGAAAAAACAAUUGAAACUAAAGUGCCAAGAACAAAAUCUUAAUUAUUCUGUGCAUGAAAAAGUUUUAGUCCAAAUUGACACAAAUGCUGACUUUCACCACACCUUUCUGAGUUAUACCCAACCAGGCAGAGAAAAUUUCCCAUUGAAUCAAACACAGCAUGAUCAUGGGAAGAAGACAUUUCAAGCCAAAGUUACUGAAAGCCUUCCUCAUGGAUAUACCAUUGAGACUAUUGUGGAUGGAAAGCUUCUACGUGGAAUAUUAUUUUCCAACAAGCGAAGUUCUCCCCAGAUAGUUAGCCACAAUAACCGCAGGAAGAGGGCAAGUGCUGAAAGUGGUGUUGUAUUGAAUGGUGGGUACAACAGCAAAUCAAAAACUUCUAAAACCCUCAACCAGGAUGCAGUAGAAAACAUUAAGCCAGACAACGCUCAUGGGAUGGAAUCCACAGCACAGGAACCCAAGAUGGAAGCUGCUGCUGUCCCUGAUUUGAAAAAUCUGGCUCCCUAUAAUGUUUAUCUGUCUCAUGAGGUUCCUCCAAUUGCAGAACCAUCAGCAACUCCUCUGAAUUUGAAUGAUGAUAUGCCCUCUGACACAGGAUUUCUAAAAGAGAAGUCUACUGCAGCAGAGGGCCUGCCACUUUGUCACUAAACCAAGGUAUGAAUCUAGGAAGGAUUUAGUAUUUGGCCAAUUACGGUUGGCAAAACUCAACCCAUCCUUAGUUUGUCACAUGAUAAUUCUAGACUGGGUUACAUUUAGAAAAUCAGAAACCAUUUGUUAGUGAGUUGGCUUUAGGGUUUAUGGGUUGGCACUGUCAGGUUAUAAUUAUUUCUGACCUGUACUGCUGCUGAUAUAUGAUAAAAGAUAAAACCUCAUUCAAAUUUGAGGUAUCUUAUCGUGGGUGACUAUUUAUGCGACUUCUGAAACCAAGAUGAAUAUCUUAUUUUGUACUCAAAUCUGAUGGAGUGGGUUUGAAUCUCACAUUAUAUAAGCCAUUACUAGCGCUUUUCUGACCA